AUGAGUGUCAAGGUCAACGUUGAUCUUCAGAAAGAGAGGCAAAAAUGCAAUUUUAAUAUGCAAGAGGUGACGUUCAUAUUUGAUUGCGGGAAAGAACAAACUUUGCAGCGAAAAAAGAUUGAGAACAUCGCAUUGAAUAGUGGGGCGUCUAUAGACGCGGUACCGGAAGAGUGCCUUAGUCUUAAGGAAAGGUAUGACAACGCUGUUAGAAAAUCUUGCAUUUACUCAAGAAUCGUUAAGAAUGAACUUCUUGAAAUCACUGGACUGGAAGCAUUUGGAAGUCCAUUGCUCCGGCGUAUGGCAGAUGCUUUUUUUAAAGACAUUUCUCCAUUUAUGCUUCACCUUGGUAUGUUCGUGCCUACCAUUAUAGGGCAAUGCACCGCAGAGCAGCAAGCGAAAUGGCUACCACGCGCUUUAGAGAUGCAGAUCAUUGGAGCAUAUGCGCAGACGGAGCUUGGUCACGGAACGUUCAUCCGAGGAUUAGAGACGACUGCAACGUAUGAUCCUGAAACAGAGGAGUUUGUUCUUCACAGCCCUACGUUAACGUCAUACAAAUGGUGGGCUGGAGGAUUGGGCAAUACAGCCAACUACUGUAUCGUCGUGGCUCAAUUAUACACCAAAGGACAAUGUCACGGCACCCACCCGUUCAUCGUUCCCAUACGAGACGAGGAAACUCACGAGCCCUUUCCUGGAGUCAAAGUUGGUGAUGUCGGAGUACGUAUGGGGUGCAAUACCGCCGAUAAUGGAUUUCUUAGCUUCAAUCACUAUAGGAUACCUAGAGAAAACAUGAUGAUGAAGAACGCUAAAGUCUUGAAGGACGGUACGUAUGUAAAAGUGGCUCGCCACGAUAAGCUGACAUACGGCACCAUGGUGUUUGUGCGUGUGACGCUGGUGAAGGAGGCGGCCAUUAAUCUCGCUAAAGCAGCCACCAUCGCCGUGCGAUAUUCGGCCGUAAGAAGACAAUCGAAACCCAAGCCAGAUGCACCAGAACCUCAAAUCAUUGACUACCAGACGCAACAACACAAACUGUUCAUCUGUAUUGCGACGGCGCACGCACUCCAGAUCACUGGAGAUUGGCUGUGGCGUACUUUCAGAGAUGUGUUGACUGAAAUGAGAGGAGGAAACACGGAUUCAUUGCCUGAGCUUCACGCUUUAUCGAGUUGCCUCAAAGCAAUCAGCACUUCGGAUUCCGCCGCGUACAUCGAGCAGUGCCGCUUCGCUUGUGGCGGCCACGGUUACAUGUUGUCCUCCAACUUGCCGUUGCUCUACUCCUUCGUUACUGCAACCAGGACGUACGAGGGUGAUUACACGGUGUUACUGCUGCAGACGGCCAGGUUUUUAGUGAAAGCUUGGGAACAAGUGGAGGCUGGAAAAUCUGUAACACCGACCGUGUCUUACUUAACGCUAGCUGCUACCAAAGAAAAGGUGUUAUGGAAUGAUUUCGCUGAAGGAAUCAUACGGUCCUUCCAGGCUGUUGCGGCAGGCAAAAUUUCGGCGUGCGCUGAAACUAUCAAGCGUCACAUGAAAACGGGGAUGUGUUAUGAAGAUGCAUGGCAACUAACGACAGUGAGAUUAGUAGCUGCCGCUGAGUCCCACUGUCGAUCGGUGAUAUGCCAAACGUACUGGAAUGAGAUCGCACGGUUGACCGCAUCAUGCAGCGCUAACGUCAAGAUAGUGAUGGAGCAGCUCGUUACUCUCUACCUUGUAUAUUGGGCAUUGGAGAGAUCGGGGGACCUCUUGAGGUAUUCCACUAUAUCUGAAAAAGAUCUCAACCGUCUACAGGAUAGAUAUGAAGAGUUGCUGGCUUUGAUAAGGCCAAAUGCGGUGGGCUUGGUUGACGCAUUCGAUUUUAGGGAUGAGAUCUUACAAUCAACUUUGGGUGCGUAUGACGGUCGAGUCUACGAGCGCUUAAUGGAAGAAGCUCUAAAGAGUCCACUCAACGACGAACCUGUCAAAGCAAGCUUUCACAAAUACAUCAAGCCACUGACCAAGGGAAAACUGUGA